CCAAUCUUCAAUAGUGGUCAUAAAUCUAUUAUGGUAUGGGGAUGUAUUGCACAUAGUGUAAAAGGUCUGCUGAUUAAACUGGAAUUUCCACCUAUAAUUAUGAGUGAGAAGGGCCAGAGACAAGGUAGAGGCUUAUGUGCAAAAGAGUAUGUUGCACAGGUUCUUGAAGGGCCUCUAAAGAACUUUUUUGACAAGAUGGAGCAGCAGUGGAUGUGUCUCAUGCUUGUUGUCAGAGAUGGAGCACCAGCCUACACAAGCCACCUCACAAAAUCUGCUUAG